AUGAAAGCGAUAGAACCGUCUAAAUCUGGUGUUGCACCUCCAACAAAGCUUCAAUUAGCCCUAGCAUUGGCUGUUGUCAAGGGAAAACCACCAGGCCAAAGCGUGAAAGAAUACAUUUCGCAAAUUCGCGGAUGCAUUAAAAAUGCCAACAAUUUGGACAAAGUUGUUACGACAGACAAGUUCUUCGACAGCGUCUCCUUCUGGCGACAAGCGUACGAACGGUCCGAGGCAGGACAGAAAAAGCUAGAAGAUCAAGUCCAUGAGCUCAAUCAGCGUAUUGAAAGCCUGCUUACCAAACUGCAUGUCAAAGUCACUACGAACGACACUGAGAACGACACUGAGACCUUGCCAACAAACAAACGCAAGGCGCCUGCUGCUGGCAAGAAUGCCAAUAGUUCGAAUAUGGCUAGAAAACGCACAAAGCUGCCACGAAAUAUGCAGGAAACCAUCCCAUUGAUAGAUGAUGACGAUGACUCAGGAGAGGAAGAUGGUAUUUCGCUCCUCUUUCAUAUACUACUCAUGAUGAUAACUAAUGUCAUUGCAGACUUGUGCCUAAACAAGCAGCUAUAUACCGUCCAAAAAGCCCUGCAAAGAAGAACAAACAGCAGUUCUGAGGCCGAUUCUCUGGCUAUAGAUGCAGUCACCCUCUGUAAAGCGGCAGAGCAGAGAUUAAUCCAAAAUAUCCAAAACGAGAGCAGUAUGAUGGAGCAGAGCCCUUCCCAAAGCGAGCAGGUCAAUAUGCCAGACACAGAUUCUGUUAUAAAUGCUGUGACAAUUGCUUUCCAUCUCAUGCAUAAAGCGUUGCACAAAAUGGCCGGGGUCGAGAAUGGCACGCAGCACCAAGCUCAGGUCAUCUACUACUUAGUAGGUCUGUUUGAAUCAAUCAUGACCGCACUCACUUUGCAUUGCACUGCAAUCUCAAAGCAAAAGCCUGUCAACAAAAACACCGAAUCGGGCGGAGGCCCAAAUUUUUCCACGGAACCUGAUGAACAAAACAAAGUCACAAAUGAAAAGAGCCCAUCUACCAAGAAUGAGAUAACCUGUCGCCUCGCAGACCUGCUCUGCACAAUGAGCCUCUCCCUCAAUCUAACUCGUACCAAAGACCAAGAAGUAAUGGAAGGGUUUCUCUUCCUUGUCCUCAACCGCAUGGGUAAAAUGUUAGCUCUCCACGUUUUCCAUGAUCUGCGACUGCCAAUGGGUAUCUGCCCUGGGAUGACAUUCCCAGAUGGCCUGGAAGCAAUGACUGACGAGGGCGUUAUGCCAAACGAGGCACAACUCGAAGCCAAGUAUCUCGUUCGGCUUCUGGACAGAAUGCUUAAUGCCGAGGCCCUUGAAUCGCCCCUCGAGGCAUCGGCUGCUCGUCAAUCUGUGACAAAUGCGAAAGAUCGUCUGCAAAAGUCCCUCCUCCGGGCUGUAUUUGGACCUGAUGAGCAUCUGUUUCGAGAGGGUCUGCGGCGUCCGCAUACUCCGCCUCCUCAGGUACUUGACAGUCAACAGAUGGAUCAGGACAAAUUUUCGGAUUGGCUUACACAAGAACUGUGGCGGCUUGUUGGUUGGGAUGUGUUAAGGAAGGUACUUCCUCCGAACUAA